CAGAGGAGGAUCUAGGCUGUCACCACUUCACCUCUCACCGUUGACACACAGCCGCAUUCUCACCUUACGUAGAACUGUCGCACGGUCGCACUGUCCCAGUGUAGCAGUGUCGCACUGUUGCUGCCAUCCGAUGUCGCCGAUCUCCCCCGCAGCAGCAGGGCUAGCCGCCCGCGCUCCCUCUUCCCUCGCCUUUCUUCCUCACCCGGCCUUCGCGCGGCGUCCAGUCGCCCCCCUCCCACCGCGCAAGCAUGCGCCGUUCAAGCGCGCACCUCUUGAACUCCGCGCGCCGCUCGUUCUAAGAGCGUCUGCCACCUCCUCCCAGCGCGAGCCGCAAGAAGGCGGCGGCGGCUCGCGCCCGCCAUCGCUGCCGCCGCCACCAAUGCCGGUCAUGAGCCGCUCCGCGCGAAACAUCAAGCGCAUGAUGACCGCGCCCUCCCCGCCCGCCCUCGGGCAGUUCCGCCCACCCCCGCUGCCCAUUCCAGGCGCACCUAUGUUCCCCGUGGGCGCAGCCGGGGGAGGGGAUCCGGGGGAGGCGGAGGAGGGGAAGCGGAAGGAAAGGGAGCGGAUGGAGGAGCUGGUGGGAGUGGUGAGGGAGAGGCGAGGCACCUGGCAGGAGGUCGCUGCAGCUGUCAGGCAGCUGCAGCAAGCAGGCAUGACAGCGGAGGAGGUGGCGGAUGUGGCCAUGGCAGCCCACGGGCGGCUCACCAUGCUAGUGGUGGCGGCUCAGGUGUACGAGUCGCUGCUGCCAGGCCCACAAGAGGGGAACCGGGAGGCAGAGGAGCAAGGGGAGGGGGGCGGCAGCAGCACGGGCAGCAGCACGGGUGUAGACCUGAUGGAGGCGUUUCAAGCAGAGCAGAGUGCGGAGCUGCUGUAUGAGCUGCGGACUCUGCCCAAGGACGACAGACGGAAAGCAGCUGCUUAUCUUGCACAGCAGGGGCUGGAUGCAGGGGAUGUGAGGGAGCUGGUGAGGGCCAUGCGGGACCAUGCGAGGAGACCUAAUUCCAGAGAGGGCUUCACAUCGGCACCUGGGGACUGCCUGGCGUUUGCCUGCUUCCGAGCAGCAGUGGGGAGCGCUGGGGAGGAGCAGCAGGAGUGGGUGGAGAGGGGCUUGGCUGCUGCUGUGAGUGAGAGUGCGCGGUUGAGACUCAAGGGAUUGGGGAAGUGAGAGGGGCGUUGGAGGAGAGACAUGCAUGGGUAAGGAGGGGCUUGGCUACCGCUGUUAGUGAGAGUGCGCGGUUGAGAGUCAAGGAAUUGGGGGAGUGAGAGGGGCGAUGAGGAGCAGUAGGCAUGGUGGAGAGAGGGCGGGCAGUGGCUGUUACUGUUAGCGACAGUGCCGAGGUGAGGCCUGGAGCCUGGAGGAGCAGGGAAGGGGUAUUGCGUGGAUUUUCCUGGAACCUGUCUGUCUGUCACUGCUCCCGAGCAACAGCAGCAGCAGCGGCAGCAGCAGCAGCAGUAGCAGCAGCAAAAAGCGAAAGAGAGCGGUUGGGCAGUGUCUGUCAGUGGUAGAGCCAAGUUGAAACUUGAAAAUCAAGUGAGUCCCAGGGGAUGCGUCUCCUCGACGCGCGCACUUCGCUCGAGUCGCACGCGCUUGUUUGAGUGUCGUUGUGUACAUUUCAUCAUUUCACACUUCUCCAUUAGCCUACCAGAUGGUAUCAGCAUAAAAAAGCAGGCUGAAAUUUCACUUGUCAAUUGGGAAUUCCAACGGCGAUUCUGAGCACGCAUCCAGUAUAGAUGGAUUUACACAGGCCCAGGUUCAAGUUGGGCAUUUGCUUUGGGGCUUCAUCGUGUGAUUGGAACGAUGCACACGUAUAAACUGCAUGAAGGAUUUGGGAAGUAAGGGCGAUGGCCAUAUGUUUACCUAUCCAAGGAGCAGUGUGAAUUCUCCUACUGGUAGCAGAGUAGUUUCGAGGGCUUGUUGGUUGAG